AUGCGCUCAGCAGGCGCAGGACCGACGGCCGAUGACAGACGCAGAUGGCACCACCCAUGCUUUGUCCCAACUGUUACCCACUUACGGACUCCCCUGUAUCCUCUGGUAUCCAGCACUACCGCCCUCGCCCACCCAGACUUCCCUACUACCCUGCUUGCCUACCAUCUCCUGACUUCUCGACAACUAGAUGAGCUUGCCAUUCAUUAUCAUCAAGUGUGGCCACCAGCCCCCGCGACCUCUUACUAUCCCGUAGUCAUCCCACCCUGGGUUGGCACAGAAAACGAAAAGAACGUGGACAUUGAGACGAAGCGGCGGCGGUUCGGUCGGUUCAUCGGGCUCCAGCGUUGCGAGACCCCCGCGGAAGAACAGGAAUCAUACUCAUGGGGAAUGGAACAAGAAACCGAAACAGAGCUGCUGGAGCUGAUUGAUCAGGAGUGGAACGAAAGUUGA